AUCUUGGCGUGCGGUAGUCCCUGCUGCGAGCUGUCUGCUGGUGCCUUCGCAAACAUGGCGGCUGUAACGAAGGUCCGUCUCGGUGGUUUCUCCCAAAAACUGUUUAAAUCUUUUGUAACCAAACCACAACUCUUCCGAAAUCAUCCAAAGCUAUGUUUCCACCACACUGCACUUCUCCAGGUGGCUGGACAAGAAAUCAAAAUGCCGUCGCUGUCGCCGACCAUGACGGAGGGCACCAUCGUCAAGUGGAUGAAGAAGGAGGGAGACGCCGUCGCCCCCGGCGACGUCUUGUGCGAAAUCCAGACGGACAAGGCUGUCAUGUCUUUCGAAAUCGAGGAAGAGGGAAUCUUGGCCAAAAUCUUGAUGCCAGACGACUCCAAGGAUGUCAAAGUAGGGUCCUUGAUUGCCCUGAUGGUGGCGGAGGGUGAGGACUGGCAGAGUGUGGACAUGCCUUCAGGGUCUGGAUCACCAGCAGCUGCUCCCAGUGCUGCUCCUGCUGCUGGAGCACCUUCUUCCCUUCCAUCAGGGGGCAGUGUUCCUGGGGUAGCCAUCAAUAUGCCUUCGCUUUCACCAACAAUGACAGAGGGCACUCUAAUUAAGUGGCUCAAGAAGGAGGGUGAUGCAGUAUCACCGGGUGACGUGCUUUGUGAAAUCCAGACCGACAAAGCAGUUAUGUCAUUUGAAGUAGAAGAAGAGGGAAUCCUUGCAAAAAUUCUUGUGCCUGAGGACACUAAAGACGUCAAGGUGGGGACACUCAUUGCUUUGAUGGUAGAAGAGGGCCAGGAUUGGAAGGAUGUUGCCAUUCCCGGCAGUGCCGCAGCCGCAGCAAGCCCAGCCGCACCAAGCCCCGCGGCACCUAAGGCCCCUGCUUCCUCUGGCACUCCGUCAGGAGGACACGGACACUCAGACUUGAAAAUGGGUCCUGCAGUGCGUACUUUGCUGGAAGCAUAUCAAAUGAGCCCAUCAGAGGUUGCGGGUACCGGACCUCACGGUCUUCUUACCAAGGGAGAUGUUCUUCAGGUGAUAAAACAGAAAGGCCUUACUGCCAAGCCUCCCAAGCAAGUUCCCCCACCAGCAGGUGCUAAAGCUGUUUCUGCUGCUAGUGCCAAGCCAGGCAAAGCCUCUGCACCUCUUCCCUCAUUGAAGCCAACGGAUGGUCACACAGAUAUAGAAUUAACUAGUAUGAGGAAAACAAUAGCUAAACGUCUUACUGAGUCUAAGACUCAAAUUCCACAUUCAUAUGGGGUGGUUGAAUGUCAGCUAGAUAAAGUUUUAGCAAUGCGGAAGCAGCUGAAGGCUGAGAAUAUCUCUGUCUCAAUCAACGACUUCAUCAUAAAGGCAGUUGCUGUGGCUUUGCAGCAAGUCCCAGAGAUGAAUGCUCUUUUCUCUAAUGACAAGGUGUCUGUUUCCAACACUGUAGAUAUUUCAGUAGCUGUGGCAACCCCCAAUGGGUUGAUAACACCAAUUGUUAAGGAUGCUGAUCGCCUUGGACUGGUUCAAAUAUCUCAAAAGGUUAAAGAGUUGGGUGGCAAGGCUAAAGAGGGUAAACUUCAACCUCAUGAGUUCAUUGGUGGUACAUUCACUAUUUCCAACUUAGGCAUGUUUGGCAUCUCUGAAUUCAGUGCCAUCAUUAAUCCUCCUCAAGUAGGCAUUCUUGCAGUCGGAGGCGGCCGUCCUGAACUAGAUGAGGAAUGCCAGCCAAAGACUAUGAUGACCGCUACACUCUCUUAUGAUCGUCGGGCUGUUGAUGAAGUGGAAGUGUCCAGCUUCCUUGAAGCUGUUCAAAGGAAUUUGGAAAAUCCGAACAUGAUGAUUGUUGGUGGAGUGCCAUCAAGUGGGGAUGCACAAGAGCGCCAUGCGCUAGGUGUAUAAUUUUGCACUCUCCUGGUGCUUUGAAGUGCUCUUGUUCUUCAUUGGAUCAGAAUUGGGUCACUUUAAGUACCCAUAAGGCACAGCUAUAGAAAAUUGAAAUUCUAUUCAGCUCCAGAUUCCAUUUGCUUGGACAAUGCCCUAUUGAGAUUUUGUCCAGCCAGCAAAAGUCACUUAGGGUUAAUCAAAUUUAUUUAUGAAUGUGAGAACUCAUUUUAUGUUUGUAAAAAUGAACUGCAAUAGUUAAUUUAUUUAGAAUGGUGUAAUGGAUUGAUUAAUAUAAAAGUUGUGAUGAAAAAUGAUUCUCAUUUGUUGAGUUUUUGAACACUCUAUUUACUGUACAGUACUGUACAUCUGUAAUGAUAGCUGUAUGUUUUUUUUCCAUUUCUAAAAAUUUUACUUAUUUCACUGCCAAAAAACUGUGCAGAGAUUCCCAAGAGCAAAGCUGGUUGAAUAACAUCAGAGAGGAAUGUGUUCUGUACCUAAAAAUGUUGCUUAUCUUAAUAGAUUUACAUACAUAUUUUUGUGACAGGUUUUUAUUGAUAUUAGUUGUUAUGCUUGUAUUUUGUAAACCAUUGAGUUUAACUCUUUACGAGUAUUUUUAUUUUAUUUUGUUUUAUGGGUAUGUAACAACUUUCCCAGCGAAUCAUCAAGAUUUAUGUGUUGUUUUGUAGAAUUUGAACUACUUGUAAUGUUGUUUUUGAUUGAGUAGUACAAACAGGUUUUAAUAUGUUACCAAGCUGUUGGGUCGUUCGGAAAACUCCCUUAUUGGCUUCUGGACAGCUUUUAGGGUAGAUUCAGAACAUUAUAAAUAAAAUUUUCCAUAGGAAAUUUUCACUGCAAUUGAAAGGCUGCAAACCUAAAUGAAUAAACUGAAAUUGAGUUGACAGAUAA